AUGUAAGAAACAGAAAUAUAACCAUAAAUAGAAGCUGGAAGACUUAAUGACACAGUUUAGAGUGCUAAAAGUUUAAGAUGUAGAAGAGUUGUAGAUAUUGCAUUUUAGAAUAUUGAAUAUUAAGUGGUCGAUUAAAAAGGAUGUAAGAUUUAUAUCUAAGAUUCUUAGAAAGAAGAGAAAUUUUACGUAAUUUAGAUGGAUAUUGUCCGGGAGGUGAAGUAACCGCUAUUUUGGGAGCAUCUGGUGCUGGUAAAACUUCAUUACUGAACAUUCUUGCUGCUCGUGUUUAAAGUUCUAAAAGUGUGAAACUAAAGGGAAAAGUAUUAGCAAACUAAAUGGAAUAUGAUUGUGAGACUUUUUCAAAUUUUGCAGCUUAUGUAAUGUAAAAUGAUGUUCUUUUUGAAACUUUAACUCCAAGAGAAGCAUUACAAUUUGUUGCAGAUUUAAAAUAUACAGAUCCUGAGUUAAAGUUAUCAAGAGUAGAGGAUACAAUAAAAACAAUGAAAUUAGAAAGAUGUUAAAAUGCAAUCAUUGGAGGUCCAGCAUUAAAAGGAAUAUCAGGAGGAGAAAGGAAAAGAACAUCUAUUGGAUUUGAACUUGUUACUAAUCCUUCGUGUAUAUUAUUAGAUGAACCAACUUCAGGAUUAGAUUCAUUUACUGCUUUUUAAAUUAUGUAUUAUUUUUAGUUUAAAAAGAUAGAUAUGAACUUUAAUUAUUAGCACAUGAUUAAGAUAGAACUAUUAUAUUUACUAUUCAUUAGCCAUCAUCAGAUAUCUAUUUACUUUUCGAUAGAAUUAUGCUACUUGUUUAAGGAAAAUUUAUAUACUAAGGACCUAGAACUAAAUUAGUUGGAUAUUUCAAAGGAAUUGGGUUUCCUUGCCCAGAUCAUAGUAAUCCUAUGGAUUAUAUGAUGAGUAUAAUGCAUCAAGAAAGUUAAUUAAAUAUAGAUAAUUUUCCUAUCUAUUUUGAUCAGUAUGAAAAAUAAUUGCAUUAACCAGUCUUAGAUGAAAUUAAAGACUCUUCAAAAACUGACUUAAUUUAUAAAUAAGUAGAAACAUCUACAGCAUUUUAAAUUAGCUUAAUUUCAAAGAGAGCCAUUAAAGGCUUUUUGAGAGACAAAAUGAUUAUUAAGUAAAGAGUAGGUAUGGCAAUUUUCAUGGGAUUAUUACUUGGAUAUUCAUAUUAUGGUAUAGGAGAUGGUUCAGGGACAUUUGCAGAUUACACAAGUAUGUCUGGAUGUAUGUUUUUCCUUUGUAUAAAUCUUACUAUGAGUUCAUUAUUUCCUGUUGUAUUGUAAUUUGCUACAGAGAGAGAUGUAUUUUUGAGGGAAGAGAAUUCUAAAUUAUAUACUACCUUUUCAUACUUUAUGGGAAAAUCAUUUGUUGAAAUACCUUUUUGUUUAAUUACUCCAGUCAUUUAAGAAUUAAUACUUUAUUGGAUGAUUGGUCUUAAUGCAUAAGAUGGAGGAGUUGUUAUUGCACAUCUUUUUAUUACAGUUCUUACAUGUUUAAAUGGCAAUAGUAUGGGAUUAAUGGCUGGGUGUGCAUUCAAUGAUAUUAAAGUGGCAACAAGUAUUGUUCCAUUAAUAUUGUUGCCUUUAAUAAUCUUUUCUGGAUUCUUUGCAAAUUCAAAAUAAUUUUUUGUAUGGAUUGGUUGGAUAUAAUAUAUAAGUCCAGUUAAAUAUUCAUUUGAAGCACUGGCUACAAAUGAAUUUGAAGGAAGAAGUUAUGAAUUUGGAGAUCCAAUUGAAACUCUCGGAUUUGAAGUUGGAUUGUGGGAAUCAGUAGCAAUUCUUAUCGCAUUUGUUGUAGCAAUUAGAUUUGGAGCAUAUAUGUUUCUUAAAAUCUUAAGAUAAAAAUAAUAAUGA